CUGGAUACACACAAGCCGCACUGCGAUCUGCGUACAGGUUUUAAUUCAUCUGCAGGAAGUUCCCUCCGAUUCCUGAGAAAAACGACACGAUGGUGAACUGCUGUGGUCUGCUCACUGACAAGAAGGAACCAGUUCCUCUGAAGGGCAUCGAGGUGGAGGUGGAGGUGAGGGACCAUGUGGCGACAGUGGUCUCCACGCUGCACUAUGAGAACAAGGAGGACAAACCGCUCGAGGCUGUGUUUGUCUUCCCCAUGCCUGCAGAUGCUGCUGUCUGUCAUUUCAGUGCAAAGAUAGGACAGACACAGGUUGUGGCUGAGGUGCAAGAAAAACAAAAGGCUCGUGAGGAGUAUGAUGAUGCAUUGAGCUCCGGUCAGCAGGCCUUCCUGUUGGAGGAAAGUGAGCAGAGCCCAGAUAUAUUCUCUCUGAGUGUGGGCAGCCUGCCUCCAGAGGAGAGCGCCUCCAUCAGGCUGGAGUACGUCACUGAGCUGGCUGUGCAGGCUGAUGACGGACUGAGAUUCUGUCUGCCUGCUGUGCUAAACCCUCGCUACCAACCUCAGGGUAGUGAAGGUGGCAGCACUCAGGUGACCUCUGUGCCAGCUUCUCUUGUGCCCUACAGUCUGUCCUUCUCUGCCCGGGUGUCCUCUCCUCGACCCGUGUGUAAAGUGGAGUCCAACUGUUCCCUGGACCCUCUCCAGUACCUCAACACAGAGCAAACCCAGGCCUCGGUCCAGCUGGCUGCAGGACACAAGUUUGACAGGGAUGUUGAGCUGCUGAUUUAUUACAAAGAUGCCCACCAGCCCGCUGCUGUGGUGGAGGCAGGACAGGCCUCUGCCAAGCCUGGCAGUCUGAUGGGUGACCCAGUAGUGAUGCUGAGCCUGUACCCAGAGUUCCCCCAGGCUGUGAUGUCUAAAAUGACUUCAUGUGGGGAGUUUGUGUUCCUUUUGGAUCGAUCUGGAAGUAUGGAUUGUCCUAUGGACAGCAGCCAUCAGGGUCAGACUCGCAUCAGCAGCGCCAGGGACACUCUGCUGCUCCUGCUGAAGAGCUUGCCAAUGGACUGCUAUUUCAACAUCUACAGUUUUGGUUCCAGAUAUGACUCUAUCUUCCCAAAGAGUGUGGAGUACAGCCAAAAGAGCAUGGAGGAUGCUCUGAAGAUGGUAGAGAAAAUGAAGGCUGAUAUGGGAGGAACAGAGAUCUUGCAGCCCCUCAAACAGAUCUUCAGCCAGCCAUGCAUUCCCAGUCAGCCCAGACAGCUCUUUAUCUUUACUGACGGAGAGGUGGGGGACACCAAAGAAGUUAUAAAUCUGGUGAAGAAGAAUGCAGCUUCUCACAGGUGUUUCUCCUUUGGGAUUGGAGAGGGUGCCAGCUCUGCUCUCAUCACUGGGGUGGCCAAGGAGGGAGGAGGUCACGCCCAGUUCAUCACAGGAACUGACAGGAUGCAGCCCAAAGUGAUGCAGUCUCUGAGAUUUGCCCUGCAGCCAGCCGUGGUGGACAUCUCGGUUACGUGGGAUCUGCCGAAAGGAGUGUCUGUCACCCCCCUUUCUUCGUCCAUCAAAACCCUUUUCCAGGGUCAGAGGUCACUGCUUUAUGCCCAGCUCACUGGAGAGAGUUCGGGUGCCUCAGACGGCUGUGUGACCGUGAAGUACAGGCUGGCAGAUCAUCCCUCUCAGAACCAGCUCCACUUCAGUCUCAAGCCUACAGAGGACACGGGAUUGACAAUCCACAGGCUGGGGGCUCGGACUCUGAUUCGCUCCCUGGAGACGGAGGACGGAGAGCCGAGUGGAGGAGUGAAGGAGAAGGUAGUUGAGCUCAGUGUCCAAUCAGGAGUGAGCAGUGCCUUCACUGCAUUUAUUGCCGUCAAUAAAGGGGAUGGGAAAGCUAUCCAAGGGCCUCUGGUGCGCAGAAAUGUCCCAACACCCAUGAUGUCUUAUAUAGCCUGUAGUCUGUCGGUUUGCUCUGCUAUGCCGAUUCAAGCCUGUGCUAUGCCGGCGCCACGCUCUGUUGCUUGCUCUGCUAUGCCGAUGCAAGAUAGAAAUGCCAAGAGGAAGAAGCAGAAAGGUUUCAGCUCUCUGUUUAACCGAAUUGGAGGCAGAACCUCUGGAAGGUGCAUUGACUCAGCUGAUUACUCUUUGGACGAUGAGUCUGAACACACUUUAUCCUGUGAGCCCCAGCAGCCACCCAGAGAGCCCCUGCUGCAGCUGAUCUCUCUCCAGACGGCCUCUGGCUCCUGGCUGCUGGAGCCGGCUCUGGCUGCUGCGCUGGGAAAGACCAGCGAGGAGCUGGAGAAGCCCAAGCCUCCAUCGGUGACCCAGGAAGUGUGGGCCACCAUUCUGGCUCUGAUCUGGCUCCAUGGCUUCAAGAUGGAGGCUCAGGAGGAGUGGGAGCUUCUCGCUAUGAAGGCUGUGUCAUGGCUCCAUGCUCAGAAAGCUCCCUGUGUGGCAGAGUGUGUGGAUGCUGGAAAUGCACUGUUGGGUGUCAAGGUGCACAAAGAUGCCCUGGGGCUGUGAGACUUUACGCCUGUGGCUUCUCCUUCAGUCUGCUAACAAGGGGUUUGCACACACAAGUGCAUCUAUUCCAGGCUGCAACAUUUACUUCAUUAACAGAGCACUUCAGCUUUUCCACAGCAGCAAUUGAAUCCCACAAGUGGGUGCAUGUCUACACUGCGACAAACUGCUUUGCACUGUAUUGUGAAAAAAAGAAGUCUUCAUUAUUCUCUUUGCACUACAGUCAGUGGACUGUCAUUUGAUUGCAUUUGUCAUGAUGCAAAGCAUAAAGAGCUGUACUUGUGCCUUAAAUCGUAUUUGGU